AUGGAGAAAUACCACUCCAUUCAUGAGGAGGAUAUCUCUAGCUUCGACCUCCCUUCCACACGCAUUGCAGAUCGAUUGCCUACAGUGUCCGCCGCUGACGCACUGGAAGAAUUAGACGGCGGUGUCGCUAGAUAUGUCUCUACCGGCAUUGAACGACUAGAUGGGGCUCUUAUAUCGUCUUCGUCUCUUCGGACACCAGAUUCGGCAAGCGGGGGAGGCCUUCAGAGAGGACAGGUCACAGAGAUUUGGGGACCACCAGGCUCAGGCAAGACUGCCACUGACACACAUGUCAAAGAUUGUGCGUAUUCAGUUUGCGGCCACCGACUGAGCGCGGUGAUCGGGGCAGUGGAAUCAACUCGGUCAUCUAAGGACACCGAAGCGGCGAAAUCCGCCACGGAUCAUUUUGCACACUAUAGCUGCCCCAGCCUGCCUCAUCUGAUAGCACUUCUCUGCCGUCCUACGGCGGCGACAGUGCCAGCGAAUUCGGUUGUGGUUGUGAUAGACUCCUUAUCAGCUUUGGUGAAUCAUGCUUUUCCCAAAGCGCCCGACGGUAGAAAAGAUCAGCCGCGCGGCAAAGGUCCUGGUCUAUCAGCGAAGCGGCUCCAAGCUUUGCAGUAUAUCACCAGUGCCCUACAGAAAUUAGCAGCAACACGCGACUGCGCAGUGGUGGUCCUGUCGCAAUGUGCAACCAAGAUGCAUUUGGAACGGAGCGCGACAUUGAUCCCAUCCAUUAAUGCUGGGGUAUGGGAACAGGGCAUGUCGACGCGGGUCGUGCUGUUCAGAGACUGGGUAUGGAAGGAAGAGCGACCGUGGUCUGUAUGCUUCGCCGGUGUGCAGAAGCUAGACGGCAAGGCUGGGCCGGACAUGAUGCAGAGCGCAGCGGCGUUUAGAGUUGAGGCGACGGGUUUGGUUGGUGUGCAGUACGACACUAGCCAACCAUCGCUAUUCCUUCCAACGGCUCCACGAGCGAAACGCAAGCUGGCAGAGGCUGGCCUCGAGGUUCCUGAUAGCGAGGAAGAUAACGAGGAAUACGGAUGGGCACGAGAAGACGAGUCGGCGCUUCCCGGCCCGCCGCCGCAGUGGCAAGGCAGCGAAGACAUUCUCCUUGGGACCCAGGCGGCCGAGAGCGAGGAUGACGGGGGUAGCAACGGAGACGGGCACGGCGAUGGCGGCGACGGUGAUGACGAAGACGACGAGGCAGAAGAUGUGGGUGAGGCAGCGACUAGCGGCCGAGAUAACCAGGAUUUGGCCGAGUAG